GCGGUCGAGAGCAGAGGACUAGCAGAGUCUAUCUAGAGAUCUAGAUCUAACCUUUUUUUUUGUGCCCACCAUCGACGAACGAACGACUAUACAACAUGCUCAAGUGGACGGCAUCGGCGCAGCGGCUGAACGAGAUUCCGGUGCAGGAUCAGCAGGAUCCGAAUCAGAGGCGACUCCACCGGCGGCAGCGUCGCCAGCGGAGGGCCACCAUUGCCAACAAGGAGAAUGUGCCCGACUACACCUCCACGCCAGUGCCCAUGGUGUCACGGCUACGCAACAGUCCGCUGGUGCUGGCGCCGCUCAGCGACAUCCGCAAUGUCACCCCGGAGGCGGUGGCCAGCCGGAGCCAGGCGCCCCAGCGGGUGCAGAGUGUGCGGUAUGCCACCACCCUGCCACGCUUCGCCGAGGACUACUCCCCCAAUGGGUUGGCCCUGCCCAGUGGUCAGCACUUGGCGCUGCGCGGUCUGGCCCCACUGGAUCCCUUCCUGGGUCAGCCACGCUACAUCAACGGGGUCACCCAGCUGAAGCAGCGACGGCUGGACGACGAUUUCGUGGCCACCCUGGAACCGGAAGUGGAGCAGGAACCAGAGCCGGAAAAGGAAGUAGAAGUGGAGACAGCCACCAAAAUGGGAGCACGGCCCAGCACUCCGCAGCCCGCCUCCACGCAAAUGGGAGAUCAGACACUGGAUCGCCUCAUCGAUGCCAUUCUGGACUCCGCCUGCAAGGCGGAUGUGAGCAGCAAGAAGAAGGCCAGAAGAUCUACCUUCAAUCUGCGCAGGCGCACCCUGGUGAAGCAGCAAAUGGAGUCGAACUGCCCGCAGGAGGUCCUGUCGCCAUCCUACGCAGCCGGCGACGAUCCGGCCUCGGACCUGAGCUUCGGCCUGGUCCCACUGCAGCCCAUGAUGGCCACGCCCGAGCCGGCCUCUCCAAUGAGCAAACUACCGCACAACUUGCUCAUCCAACUGGCCACGCCGAUGGUGACUGGCCCCCACCCAGCAUCAUCUGGUGGAGCAGCCAUCUGCGACAACACCUUCUGCCUGGAGACGCCGGUGAAGGCUUUGAAGCGGGGCCGCAAGGAGGUCAUCGCCAAGGAGUCGCCCAUAAAGCGCUACAAGGUCGACGAGCGGAACUACUUCGAGGUGGGAUUGGCCCUGCCCUCAUCUAUAUAUGUCUGAAAAAAAUAAGAAAUCCAUAAGAAAGCCACAAAAAAAAGAAGGAGUGAGACAGAGGCAGAGAGAAAGAGAGAGAGAGAGAGAGAGAGAGCGAGCAACGCUGACAAACGGGGGAAAAAACGCUUAACUAUGACGCUUAACUAGUUCCUAAGUCAAAAACUAAACCAUAAACAAUUACUGUACAUAGUUACCUAGCCUAAGUUCAUCACUAUCUAAACCAAUUAUUUAUAUCAACCUUUUUUUUUAGACACUGCUGUUAUGUAGUUUUUGUAUACACAACUUUUUUUUCCAUUAUUUAAUUUUAAAACAAAUAUUUAUUACUAUUUUAAGUUAACUAUACAACUAUUUUUU